ACAAGGAACACGUGAUUCGCGCUUACUGGAAGCAAGAUGGCGGUGGUGGUGCGGAGCUUGCAGGACCAGCUCGAAAAGGCAAAAGAAGGCUUGAAAAAUGUGGAUGAUAACAUUCGCAAACUAACGGGACGCGAUCCUAAUGAAUCAAGGCCGGGUCAAAUCCGUCGACUCGGCGGCCCCACGGCAGGCAUUGGAGGAGGUAGAGGCAGAGGAAUCAACCUGCUAAGGCGCAGUCUCUCUGAGAUAGGAAGCGGCGGCCCCCCUGUCAAGAAGAGGGAUAUCGAUGGAGCCCUGCUGAGGCUGGCAGGGGACCAGAGGGCCAGGAGAGAUGCGCGUCAGGACAGCGACGCCGAGGAUGACGAUGAUGUCAAAAAGCCGGCGUUGCAGUCGUCUGUAGUAGCUACCUCCAAGGAGCGAACACGCCGAGACCUCAUUCAGGAUCAGACCAUGGAUGAGAAGGGCAAACAGAGGAAUCGGCGUAUGUUCGGCCUGCUGAUGGGGACUCUGCAAAAGUUCAAACAGGAGUCCAACGUCUCUACAGACAAGCAAAAGCGGCGUUCAGAGAUCGAGCAGAAGCUGGAAGUUCAGGCGGAGGCAGAGCGAAAGAAGGUAGAGGGUGAAAAGAAGGAGCUGUUUGAGGAGAGGAGAGCCAAACAGACUGAGCUGAGGCUACUGGAACAGAAGGUGGAAUUAGCCCAGCUGGUAAGAAAGUUCUUCCAACAUGAUUUAAAAAUGACAGUCCAAACAAAACAGUGUUGGUCCAUUUUCAACAACGGCUCUGGAUAAUGUCUGGAGAAUGGG